AUGUCGGAGGUGAGGAGGGCGCGGGGUGAGCAGGCGCGGGUGAGGAUGUGUAGGGCGAAGGUAGCUCCGAUGUUUGGUAGUUCAAACUAUGCCAGUUUCCAUAUAGCCUGGUUUUCUGCAAACAAUAAUGUUCUUUGUCUGAACCUUGGCCAAGACGAGAGGUGCCAUGGCUUUGUCCAUGUGAACCCAGCUCGUGCCCUCGGUGCUAGAAUAGAGCCUGUUUCAUCCUAUGGAGGCAAUCAAUAUGGAGUACAUCUACUUAUUCACAAGGAUCGUGAGACAGGACAUUGGUGGUUGGAGUACGGAGACGAUUUGAAACCAGUGGGAUAUUGGCCAGAAUCUCUUUUUACUGGUUUGAAAAAUCCAGCUUCUUUGCUCAAUUGGGGUGGGCACGUCCUCUCGCCAUCUAGUGAAAAGAGCCCCCCGAUGGGUAGCGGACAUUUUCCGCAUGAAGGAUUCGGAAAAGCUGCAUUUGUUAGAGAAGUUCUCAUUGUGGACAAGGGAAGGCACCUUGUACUACCAAUUUUGGAAAAUUUGGACCCUAUGUCUUCGAACUAUGAUUGCUACCGUGUUGAUACCCUUAUGUAUAAUGGUGACGGAAUUACCUUCUAUUAUGGUGGACCCGGAGGUUGUAAAGGAUAA